AUGGCGUAUGGUGCGCCUCCGUACAUCUCCAAAGGCUACUAUGACGUUCCCAGACCAACCGUCAGCAGCCUGAUCUCAGCGCGCUCAACGCCUCAACAAAAGCACGCGACGACAUGUUUUGUGCACUUGUGCGAAUUGACAGAGCUGCUGGGCGACAUUUUGCCGUUGGUUUAUCAAUUGGACCCGGAUAGGGAAGAGCUGGCACGAAAAGUCACGAGAUUCAAAAAGCAGCUGGAAGAUAUGGAGGCUCAGUUGCCGAGCUGGAUGCCCUUGCCAAAGCGCGCUGGAUCUUCGAUGUUAUGGUUGUGCUUUCUGAGCAUUCGGCUGAUACUUGCACGUGUAACUUUCCGAUCAGCUAUCCUGGACGGCGACGGCAGUCUCGGAAGAGCGCGCAUGGAACAACUACGUCUCGCAUCGUCCUCUAUCCUUGACUUUGUACUGAGCCUUGGCGAAAGCCAGUUCCAGGACUUCUGGCUUCCAUACGCCACACAGAUCUUGGUGCACGCCAUCACAGUCUCCCUGCGCUGUACGGUCGAGACAAAAGAUUCUGAAAUCCGCAACGACAUGGUUUCGAAGCUUGAGCGCGUGAUCGCGCACAUGCAACACGCAAGAGAUAACUACGACUGGGACAUUGCGAUCUACGCGCUCGAGAGAUGCGCGGAGCCAGUACAGCGGAUCGCGUCGCUCAAUGCUCGAGAGCUGCCCCAGCCAUCUGAGAUUGAGCUGGCUAACAUGAACGGAAGCAUAAUACCUAAUGGCGCGGGAGCAAUGGAGCCACCGACUACUCUACCACCGAAUUUCGACGACACGACAUUUCUCCUUUCGGAUAUUUUGGAUCCUAAUGCGUUUGACUUCUCAUGGGAUGCGUUAUGGGAUACGCCGAGCGCGAUGACGAAUUUUUCGAUAUGA